UAUUCUAGCAGAGCUCGUUUUGCCAGAAUACUUCUAGGAUGGUAGAAGAUUUCUGUUAGAAUGCUGUAAGAAAAUCCAGCUCUGUAAGAACUUUGCUAGAAUCUUGCUAGAAUGUCGUGACUGGGUAUCGGGUGAUCGCCGUUUAUUUAUCGCGCGCUUUCAGAACAAAGGAUUGAUUUUAAGUUUGUGCCAAUCUUAUCUUCAAAAAAGACGCGUCCGGUUUUUCUUUCUCCCGCGUGAAACGAUGAAAGGAUUCAAGAAAGAAGUGUUAAAAAACAAGAAAAUUUCGGAUUUUUUUAUCAAAUCUGGUAUGAACAAGGUUUUUGUUUGUGAUUUCGUGAAACUGACGCUUUUCUUUUUAGUGGCCAAUCCGGAGCAGGAAGAAGCAGUGGCCGCUGGGAUUCCGUUAUCCGUCGUAAGUUUUGGUUGCGAAGGCCGGAUUCGCGAUCCGAUUUCCGGAAAUAAUGUGCAACCCACUGAUUCCGCAAAUGAUGCAGAACGCGGACAAUUUGACUGCAGCGGAACCUUCUCCGCAGGCCGUCACAUCGCUUCUCCACGGUCCAAAGGGCCGGCGAGCAGGCACGCUGGAAAAGCAUCCGGCGGUGGCCGCACGAAGAAGAAUACGUUGCAUAAGGAAGCUGCCAAGAAUGGCGCUGGCGCCAAAGACCAAAACUCACGACCCGACGAUGCCGAACCCACAACCGGGCAAGAUCACAGUUCGAGCGAUUCGUUCCCUUCCGGGACCGUGAACGAGGUUCCCGUUGUGCACGAACUCGAACAGACUACUGAAGGAGACGCCGGAGGAACCACCUCUGAUGGCCGACACGUCGCAUCUCCACGGUCCAAAGGGCCGGCGAGCAGGCACGCCGGAGAAGCAUCCGGCGGUGGCCGCACGAAGACUAUUACGUUGCAUAAGGAAGCUGCCAAGAAUGGCGCUGGCGCCAAAGACCAAAACUCACGACCCGACGAAGCCGAACCCACAACCGGGCAAGACCACAGUUCGAGCGAUUUGUUCCCUUCCGGGACUGUGAACGAAGUUCCCGUUGUGCACGGUAAACAUUAAAAAACGGUCCUAAAAUAGCCCUUUUUCUAAACAUGAUUUUGUUCUUUUUGUAGAACGAGAACAGACUACUGAAGGAGACGCCGGAGGAACCACCUCUGAUGGCCGACACGUCGCAUCUCCACGGUCCAAAGGGCCGGCGAGCAGGCACGCCGGAGAAGCAUCCGGCGGUGGCCGCACGAAGAAGAAUACGUUGCAUAAGGAAGCUGACAAGAAUGGCGCUGGCGCCAAAGACCAAAACUCACGACCCGACGAAUCCGAAGCCACAAUCAGUGCGACCAAGAAAAGUGAAAAUCCGUCUAACAAAAGUAAGUUGGUAACGGUAAUGUGUAUUCGAAAUUGUGAAACAUUUAAACUAGUGGAAAUUUUUAUAUGUUUAGCAGAUCAAGGACUUGGUCCUAAUUUCAUCCAGUUUGCAGAUUUUCACUAUUUAACCCAAAUUUAACCAAAUUAUUUCGCACAUGUUCGCACAUAAUAACUUGCUUGCUCACUUCUCAUUUAGCUGUUUAUCGAUUGAUAUGGGGUGAAAUGGUUUUUAGAAGCUGUAAACGAUUUGAUUCUUAUUCCAUGCAAUUUGCUGUUUUUCACUAUUUAGACAACUUAUUUUGCAAAACAUUUGAUAGAAACGUAAAGGCUGAUACGGAGCUCGGAAGGAACGCAAAACUCCAUAUAAAAAAGCCCACACGGUCACACAAAGUGUUUUUUUUUUUUAGUACGCAGAUGAAAAGGAACAGAAAAGAAAAGUGGCAUUUGACGUUUCUUCGCGCGGUACUUGUUUGCAACAGGUCGAUGCCUCUGUGCUCCAUAAUAAAAACUUCAGUAAGAAUGGCAAAUGAUCAAUCUCUAAAUUCUCUUGAUGGAGUUUCUACCCAAAAUAUGGCUCCAAAAAUGUAUAUUUUUAAAAUCUAGAUGAUGGCAAAAA